AUGCCGGCAGUAAUUGCAUCAUCGAAUUUAUUGAUAGAAAAAACAUUUCGAAGAUUAUUAUCAUCAACUGAACAACUUUUAGAAGAAAAAUCUAUUGAAGAAUGGAAACUUGAUCAAUUUAUUAUUGCAUUAACAAAUAUGUUAAAUGAUAUGCACAAAUCGAUGAAUCGACCAGCUAAAAAACAAUUAGAUGAAUAUAAACAAAGAAUUGAUAAGCUUCGUCAAAGUCUUGAUCCUAUUAAAUUAGAGGAUCAAACAUUUCCACGGCAAGUUAGUCGUCCAAUCCAAACUGAUUCGAUAGUUAAAGAACAACAACAACCGGAAAUCCCAACUCCUCCAAUGUCUUCCAGUCAAACAGAAAAAAAUCUCAGUACAUCAAAUAAAUCUGAUCGUCAUAAUUUAAAUAGACAACAACAACAUAUACAAUCGGAAGAAGAUAGACAAGAAGACGUUGCAACAUCUAUGAUAGACACAACUAAAAGUCUUAAAAAUACUGCAGAACGUCUUCGUGAUAUUGUUAAAGAUGAUCAAAAAAAAAUUAGUGAAGCCGAAACAUUAAUUGAUCAUAAUACAGCUAAACUUAAUGUUCAAAGUAAACGUUUAAAACAUAAUGCAUAUAAUGUAUCAAAUUGUUGGAUAUAUUUAAUGUUAAUUGUUGUUAUUAUGACAUUUAUUUCUCUAACAGUAUUUAUGAGAAUGUUUCGUAAACGAACAACAACAAUAACAUAUUCAAAUAAAGAUUCUAAAUCAAGUUUAUUAAGUAAUUCAAUAAAUCAAACAACAAUCAAUAAUACAAAUAUAACAACAACAAAAUCGACAGACUAUAUUAGUUUAUUGUUAAAUUAUGCGAAUGAAAAUCAUACAGAUUUAUAA